AUUGGGCUCAGUAUUUAUUUCUUAUUUCUUCUUUGCUGUUCGUUUUGUUCCUCUCUACUUCAUUCUUUGGUAUAAAAGCAGUACCUGGGUCGGCUAUCCUCUUUUUUUAUUUUACCAUCCACAUUGAAUAAUCAAGAAACCCGAUUCAGCGCACUCCCUCUCAUCCCUUUCCAAGACCAUUUGUUCCUUUUCCAUUUUACGUCAAGAAAAUAAUAAUUAUAUUCAGUUAUUUUUUGUGUAUUUCAUUAUCAGCUCUUUUCUGUUAUUCUCGUUGCUUAAAUACAUAUUGGCUCAAUUAUUUGGUAUAAUUUAUCAUUACAUUCUACAAUGAACUCCACCGCCACCUUUUCCAUCAGCACUGUGGUUGCCGCCACCGCGUUUGCCACCACCAUGAAUACCGUCGUUCGCCGUGAUAUCCCAAUGCCCACUGGCCAGCCUGACAACAACUACGACGAACAGAAGUGGGAUAAUCGUGACAUGGCUACGGUGCUUAACUUUUACAUCAUCCCCAGCGACCUGCUUACAGGCGAGCAGCUUCCCUGUUUCUUGCGCAAAAAGGCACCGCUCGAGUCGGCUGAACCCGAGUCUACAGUGAUGUCCAAGUCUUUUGCCCAAGCCAAAGUCCAAGCUCAAGCACGCGCAAUGCACCUUUACUGGCACCGGUAGAUGUUAUUACUCAAACACACUUAAUUCAGCCUGGCAGAGAUUGGCCGGUCAACCAACAUGGAGCUGGCGGUGGGCGUCAAAAUCCAUAAAAAUAUAUAUAUUGUUCCAACUUGGCAUAAAGUAACAAUAUACUAUUAAGAAUGGCAGCAGUGGUG